AUGGUUAUAUUUGGAUGGCGGACGAAGAAUGAAGGAAUCUGUCAGAAGUUUGACUUCUGCCAAAGUCUAGACCGUUAUCGGGUGGAGGUUUGUCUGGCCUCCACACCAAGUCGAGAGCCCAAAGUCUCUUCAGACUCUCAAAACAACUCGUUCAGAUGUCGUCUCCCCCAAGCCGUAACUCCAUCAAACAUCAAACGAAGACAGGGGAAGCAAGAGCGGAAAGGUUCUUCAGACUCGACCGCCUCCCAGCCCCCCUCCUCUCCCCCCUCCUCCAAGGCGGCUGAAGAUAACCCCAGCAAGCCUCAAUUGGUGAAGAUAGACAGCCCUGCAAUCACCGUAGCCUCGCUCAUAUCAUUGUCGGAGCUGAUUGCAAAAUCAGAAAAAACUAUCCCCAAAACGGUGUUUAGGCUCUUCAAGUAUGUGAUCAAUGCCCGUACGAGUGCGUAUCAGUUCUGGGCUAGCAUAUAUGCGGAGGAUCCAGACGUGGAAAUCAAGAAAGCAAACAAGGCCCACAAGGCUUUUCUUGAUGCCUUGAACACUGCAUACAAGGUUCUAGGCGGCCCAGAGUGGGAAGUACGAGAAGCGGAGGAGCGGAAGCAAAAGCCUGGCGAUGAGGCGACAGAUGACAAUGAGCUUGCAAAUCGGUUUGAAGGGCUUAAGGUUGACAUACUAUCUUCUGACGGAGAAGCAUCUGAUAACCCAGACAAGCCUGCACCACAACGGGUUCAGCGAAAGAACAAAAAGAGCAAAGGAAAGAAAAAGAAGCCUACAGCGGCGCCGGAACCGAAACCACAGCAAUGGCCAUUGGAGGACUUCAAGCUCAAGGAUGACCCAGGAGCUGAGACAGAGGCCGUCUUUGGUGCUUUCUGUUUCCUCAAGGAUAUGGUUGACCUUAGGAGAGACGCCGCAAGUCUAUGGCUACAAGUCGCGGCAGAUGAAUUGCACAUAGCUAUCUAUGAUGCAGCUGCAGAAUUCCCUCAAUUCAGUAGCUUUGACAACCUCAUCCAAACUUUCUGCCGUGGAGACCUAGAAGGGUCGGAUGGUAAACUCAAGUUUGGGAGGAUAGGCCCUCUAGGCACCCUUGAAACCACUGCGGUAGACUUCCGCGAACAUUUCUGCAUUUGUGCGUAUGAGGAUCUCAGAAAAUUCAUCACGGACUACCGAAUCAACAGAAACGGCAAACCCUCACCUGCCUAUGCCUCAUUGAGAUGGGAUCCGAAUUUGAAGCUAGGGAAACUCAGUGCGCAGAAGCGGCGGGAAUGGCGUUCGGAUUUUGCUAUGCUGUGGUUUUACGACUUUGUGAACUCAUAUGCCUCUACACUUCUCACUAGAGCGUUCCCACCCAAAACUCUAGAAACGUGGGACUGGAGCAUAGAAAAUAUGGGACGCCAGACACGCCGUAUGCUUUGGGGCCCUGUAGAAUUCGUAAGCGAAAUUGCAACCCUCGCAAUGAAACGUAAAGACGCACCACUUGCAAGGCUUAUCAAACCACAUCACGUUUUUCAAGCUCAAGUCAUGCUCGACUCGAUGACUGCAUUCAGAGGCUGGCAUCUUGAUGUCAUGAUUGGGGUUAGUGUUUUGCCUCCAAGACCGUGGGAACAAAUGUUUACGGAGAUGGAUUCGUUCAAAUCGAAAUGCUUGAAGGGAGCAAACGAUCUUUCGCAUGAAUACAUGGUUGACCAAGAGCGUUAUGGGGAUCCUCGGCGGCACAAGUACCCAAUUGAUGAGAUUCAAAAUAUCAUGACUGAAAUACAGCUCGUUCUUGGCGAUACUAUGCUCUCACGAGCGGAAGGCGCCCCGGCAUCUAGGUUCGAGUACGUAAAGCCCAACGGGAUGUGGGCCUAUAACCCUUGGCUUUGUGGAACUGGUUUAGCAGAAGCUAUGAAUUUUGUGUAUGACUUCGGUAUCACUGCAUGGGAUAAAUCAGGACUUGCUUUGUGUAUUUUUCAUCUCUACAAUAUGCUUCUCGCUACUGGCCAUAUUCCCGAAGGCAAGUUCAAUAUCAUGGAGGACCUGCUGACAGUGUUUGAAAGCGACCUUUUCACCGGUGGAAAAAGACCCAACAACUUUUUCAAGUCUUGGAUGUUGGCUGCUGGAGUGAAGGCACAGGUUCUGGCGGAUCCACGAAAGAAACGCAUGAAUAAAGGUGGUAACGUGCUUGAGAGUGGGGAACGGAUGUCGAGCCUAUACCGUCGCGCAGAGGUCCGAUGUUUCCAUCGGAAGAGUUUACUCCGUGCCCUUCAAGAUGCAGAUUGGAUUCCCGAGAGGCUACCUAAGGAGAGAAUUCCUAUCGUCAAUGAUACUUCCGCAGCCCAGAAAGAGAGAAGAGAAAAGGAGAAUUUGCUUUUCGAGGUUAUGAGACGACCUGGAAAUAUGCCGAGCGAUAAAGUUAAAAUCGAUCACCCAGAAAAAACCGAUGAGGAUUUCCUCAUAGCACUUAGACGUGCAUUGGUUUUGGAUGUCAACGGUUCAAUUCCGAAUGGAUCACUCAACUUUUUGGCGCUUUUAGGCUUUUUUAUGCGGGUAUUUGAGAAACUUGAUGAGGGAACGAACUAUUUUCCGAGGCCGUUGGGACCCCCGGUUGGGCCGACUCUAGCAUUAUAUAAUAAUGUCAUGAAGUUGGCCUUAGACCUGGAAGUCGAGGGAAAUCGCUGGGGGGAAAUGAGGUUUUGGAAAAAAUGGGAAAUUUAUUCGUGA